CAGUGACUUAUGAGGAUGUGAAUGUUAACUUCACUCAAGAGGAGUGGGUUCUACUGGAUCCUUCUCAGAAGAAGCUCUACAAAGAUGUCAUGCUGGAGACCUGCAGGAACCUCAGUGCUAUAGGCUUUAAUUGGGAAGCCCAAAAUAUUGAAGAAUAUUNUCAAAGUUCUAGAAGAUACAGAAGGCAUGAAAGGAGUCAGAGUACAGAGAAACCCUCUGAAUAUAAUCAAUGUGGCAAAGCAUUUGCAAUGGCCAGUCAUCUUAAAGUACAUGAUAGAAUUCAUCCUGGAGAGAAACCCUACAAAUGUAAUCAAUGUGAUAAAGCUUUUUCCCGAUCCAGUCAUCUCCAACGACAUAGAAGAACACAUACUGGAGAAAAACCCUUCAAAUGUAAUGAAUGUGAUAAAGCCUUUUCCUAUAAAUCUAGUCUUCAAAGACAUAUAAGAAUACAUUCUGGAAAAGAACCCUACAAAUGUAAUGAAUGUGAUAAAGCCUUUUCUUAUAAAUGUAAUCUUCAAACACAUAUAAGAAUACAUUCUGGAGAAAAACCCUACAAA